CUCCGGGUGUCAGCGCGCAGAGCUGAGUAAUCGUUGAGCUAGGCUGCAGCUGCUGGCGCCUAGAAGAGUGCUGGGAGGUAGCAAAUCACCUAUCUGGAGAAGGUGGGAGAGGCGCAGGAAGACCGACAGCUGCCAACUACGGAGGAGCCUGGCGCCGCAGCCCGAAGCCGUCCCGGGCGCUGUAAAAGCGAGCCGAGCGGAGCUCCGAGCCCCGAGCCGCCGAGGCAGGAGCGCACCGAGACGGCCGCGGGGUCGCGGGCGCAGCGCAGGAUGCAUCAUGAAGAGCUGUCGUCGCCCUUGCAGAGACCUCGAUAUGGCUCUAUUGUGGAUGAUGAAAGACUUUCUGCAGAAGAAAUGGAUGAGAGGAGACGUCAGAACAUCGCAUAUGAGUAUCUGUGCCAUCUAGAGGAAGCCAAAAGGUGGAUGGAAGUCUGUCUAGUUGAAGAACUGCCACCAACCACUGAACUGGAAGAAGGACUGAGAAAUGGCGUUUACCUUGCAAAACUGGCCAAGUUCUUUGCCCCUAAAAUGGUCUCAGAUAAAAAAAUCUAUGAUGUGGAACAAACACGUUAUAAGCUCCCACCACUGACAUCCCUCCCCAAACUCCGGACCUAUAUCUGGUCAAACUCUGGAGGCCUGUUGUUACCUGCUGCCAAACUGAGAAAUGUGAAUCCAGACAAUACUUAUCACUAUCAAGAUAUUCUGUUUAAAACUAAAUCAGAAAAAAUGAAGACUGAGAAUUCUCAAGCUCUUUUGGGGCAAGAAAUACAGGCAGCAAUAGACUAUGCCAACCUCGAUGUGGUCAAAGUAAGCAAAGGAGCUGCUACAGUAUCUAAAAUUAAUCAGUAUUUGGAGAAGGAAGACAAAGAAAAUCUCCUGGAAGCGCUACAAUCUAGGUUUUCAGAAGCAAGACAAAUGAUACCUCGGUAUGCUACAAAUUACUAUCAAAUCCUCUUUGAAGCCAAGAGGCAGAAGUCAUUUGGAGUGACUACGGAAGGCUCAUGGAUCAAACUCACAUUGCGUGAUAUUUAUAAGUACUAUUACAACACAGAUACAGGAGUGGGUACCUGGGUUCGUCCUGAAAAUUACGGAGAAAAAUUAUCUUGGCUGUCAGAACGUGAAAUUAAGGAUCUCACUGUUAAAAUGACAAAAGAGUACCUCUUGGAGGAAUUGUGGUCUUCCGGUGGAGAUAUGGUGGAUAGUACUAAUGCGACACCUUUAAUGGCCAGUGUUAAAAAAGAAUUUGAAUCCAGAAAAGCGUUCAUGCGUAAACAUGAGCCUGCUGUGAUCAAAAUACAGGCUUUCUGGAGGGCCUAUAGAGAGCGGAAAAAAUUUGCUAAGAGGAAGAAUCUGUUUGCUGAUAAUGUUCUUUUGAUUAUCAAGAUUCAAUCCUGGUACAGAAUGGCGGUAGCAAAAAGGCGUUACCUUUCACGAAAGCUUUAUUUCGAACAACAAAUUGAUAAAAUUGUGAAACUCCAGUCCUAUAUAAGAGCAUUCAAAGCUAGAGUUGACUAUAAAAAGCUGGUGCAUGAUAAAAAUCCUCCUUUGCCUGUUUUGUGCAAGUUCUUGUAUCUGUUGGACCAAAGCGAUUUAGAUUUACAGGAAGAACUGGAAAGGGCAAGAUUAAGGGAGCAAGUAGUUACCAAAAUCAGGGCUAACCAACAGCUGGAAAAAGACCUGAACUUGAUGGACAUAAAGAUUGGACUGCUGGUAAAAAACAGGAUCACUCUGCAGGAUGUUAUUUCACAUAGGAAGAAGAUGAAUAAGAAGAAACGCCAAGAACUGUUGCUGUUGAGUGGUAACGAAAAACAAGGAAUUAAAAGUUUGAGUAAGGAGAAGAGGAAAAAACUGGAAGCCUACCAGCAGCUGUUCUACCUUCUACAGACCAAUCCUACAUAUCUGGCUAAGCUGAUUUUCCAGAUGCCGCAGAACAAGUCAACCAAGUUCAUGGACACUGUAAUUUUCACACUAUACAAUUAUGCUUCCAAUCAGCGAGAAGAAUAUCUGCUUCUGAAGCUUUUUAAAACUGCCCUGGAGGAGGAAAUAAAAUCCAAAGUGGAUCAGGUACAGGAAAUAGUGACUGGAAACCCUACUGUCAUUAAGAUGGUUGUUAGCUUCAACAGAGGAGCCCGAGGACAAAACAGUCUACGCCAGCUACUUGCCCCAGUGGUGAAAGAGAUCAUUGAUGAUAAAUCUCUUGUCAUCAACACAAGUCCAGUGGAUGUGUACAAGGCAUGGGUUAACCAAUUAGAAAUGCAGACUGGAGAGGCCAGCAAGCUGCCGUAUGAUGUCACAACAGAACAAGCCUUAGCACACACUGAAGUAAGAAGUAAAUUAGAGGUUUCUGUUCAAAACCUGCGAAGAGUAACUGAUAAAGUCUUGGACUCAAUAUUUUCUUCCCUUGAUCUAAUACCCUACGGAAUGAGAUAUAUAGCCAAAGUUCUGAAGAAUUCCCUCCAUAAGAAAUUCCCUGAUGCAACAGAAGAUGAGCUCUUAAAGAUUAUAGGAAACCUCCUAUAUUAUCGGUAUAUGAACCCAGCCAUUGUUGCUCCAGAUGGCUUUGACAUCAUUGACAUGACAGCAGGAGGUCAGAUACACCCUGACCAAAGGAGAAAUUUGGGGUCAGUGGCCAAAGUCUUACAGCAUGCUGCCUCAAACAAGAUGUUUGAAGGUGAAAAUGACCAUCUUUCAUCCAUGAACAGUUACUUAUCAGAGAACUAUGAGAAGUUCAGAAACUUUUUCCAAGAAGCAUGUAAUGUCCCUGAACCUGAAGACAAGUUUAAUAUUGAUGAAUAUACAGACAUGGUCACAGUCAGCAAACCCAUCAUAUAUAUAUCAAUAGAAGAGAUCAUCAACACUCAUUCCCUACUAUUAGAACACCAAGAUGCAAUUGCUUCUGAAAAAGAGGACCCCCUGAAUGAGUUGCUAGAAGGUCUAGGAGAAGUCCCUGAUGUGGAAUCUUUUCUUGGGGAAGGAGCUGUUGGUCCCAAUGACCCUAACAAGGAAAAUACACUAAAUCAACUCUUGAAGACUGAAAUUUCACUUUCACUGACUAGCAAGUAUGAUUUAAAAGGAGAAGAUAUAGAUCUCAAAUGCCUCAUGAUAAUGACCAAAAGGCUGGUCCUCGAUGUAAUCCGAACGCAAACAGGAAACUCAUUAGCAGAAAUCCUAGAGACACCAGCAACUCCACAACAGGAACUUCAACAUUCCUUAGAGAUGGAGAAUAAGGCGAUUAUGGAUUCCAAGACCCCUGAAGAAAUGAAAAACAAUCAGUCCAUGCUUGAGGAUAGCCAACUGCCCUUAGAGCAGAAGAAGAGGAAAAUUCAGAGGAAUCUUCGGAUACUGGAACAGAAUGGACUUGUAUCAUCAGAAAAUAAAUACCAAGAAGUUAUCAAUGAGAUUGCUAAGGAUAUCCGGAAUCAAAGAAUGUACCGUCAAAGUCGGAAAGCUGAAUUGGUGAAACUCCAGCAGACCCUGAAUGCACUUAAUUCCAAGUCAGCAUUUUUUGAAGAUCAAAUUAAUUAUUAUGACACCUACAUAAAGACUUGCUUAGACAACUUAACAAGAAAAAACACAAGGAGGUCAAUUAAAUUAACUGGAAAAGAAGCAGCAAGUAGAUACAAGAAGUUAAAACCAGUGAAGUACACAGCAACCAAGCUCCAUGAUAAGGGGGUCCUGCUGGAGAUUGAAGACCUUCAGACCAAUCAGUUUAAGAAUGUUUUGUUUGACAUCGUACCUACUGAAGAAGUGGGUCACUUUGAAGUCAGAGCAAAAUUCCGAGGUGUUGAGAUGGAAAAGGUUCACCUUGAUAUUCAGGAUUUGCUUCAGAUGCAGUAUGAAGGAGUAGCUGUAAUGAAAAUGUUUGAUAGGGCUAAAGUGAAUGUAAACCUUCUUAUAUACCUGCUGAACAAGAAAUUCUAUGUAAAAUAAAAUGCUUCCAGAUAUAUCAUGGACUCUGCAUCCAAUGGAUUGGGAAAUGGAUUUGUUCAGGAUUUUUGUUUUGAAAUAAGACUACAGCCACUGCUCAUGGAAAUGUGUUUGAUUUUUUCAAAGACCAAAACUGUUCAGAAGAAUGUACCCAUGUGCCUUUUUGAUGAUCUGCUAUUACAGUAGAAUGCUACACAAUAUGAAUUAAUGUAAACUCUUCCAGAUCAUACUGUGGUGUAGGGAUUCCAAUUGAAACCCUCUUGUUUCACAGCAUUUUCAAGUACUAUGUUUCAUUUUAAAGUAGUUGAAGAAAUGUCUAAAGCUAUUUUCCUAUGAGGAUUUUUUAAAUGUUUCAUUUGCAUACUAGAAUUCUUCGUAGAUUUUUUUUUUUAAUCUGUGAAGAAAUGAAAGCCUAAUUAUUUGUAAGGAAUCACUUAGAUGAAUAAACUUAGUACUAAACCCUGCCUUCUGGGAGGUGUCAAUUAUAAAGUGAACUUUUGUGCAAUUCAAAUAAAGUUUUUAUAGGUAAUUACAAUACAAUACAAUAACAUUUUCUGUAUAAAAGUAUAUAUUUUAUGUGAUUUAUUCCUACUAAAUAAAAGUGCACUACUGCCUCAUGGUCAAAACCUUUCUACUCAAAGCCUUUAAUUUAAGUGGCAAAGAAGCAAUGUGGAUAGCAAUCAGUAGGUUUUUUUUUUCCAGUUUAUUCAAACACUUAAAUUGUGCCUCUCAAUUCCUUUUUUUUUUUGUAAUGCAAUAAAAUCAGUAUCUAAAUGGUUUAAAAUGUAUUCCUGAGAGAUUGUUCUAUGUAAAAUAAAUGUUACUUAAUUACAUCA